ACAAAAAAAUGGCGCAAGCAAACAAGAACCAUGCAGUAGAGCUAACUGGCUCGAGCUCUGACUUUUGAGAUAUCAUUCAUGGCUGUUUCUCCUAAACAUCUCCAGCUUCCUUCUUCUUGUACGCUUCUCCCAUCUUUUUCAUUCAUCUCUUCGAUACCUUCAUCUCCACUCUCUGUUACUACUGCUUCAACUAUUCGAGAGUUCGGUUCCAUACGCGUCCGUUUCAGCCGAAGAUCCAUCGUAAGAUACAACGAAGACAACGCCGGAGAAGAUGAAGAAGACGAGGAGGAUGAGAACUGGAGCUUUGAGGAAGCUGUCUCUCUCUUCAACCAGAGAGAUUAUUACAAAAGCCACGACGCCCUGGAAGCACUCUGGAUUCGAGCUGAGGAGCCAGCUCGAACGCUGUUCCAUGGGAUACUUCAGUGUGCUGUCGGAUUCCAUCAUCUCUUUAACAACAACCAUAAAGGAGCGAUGAUGGAGUUAGGAGAAGGAGUAUGUAAGCUAAGGAAGAUGAACUUUGAAGACGGACCGUUUCAAGAUUUCGAGAGAGAUGUCUCUGCCGUUCUUGAAUUCGUUUAUCAAACUCAGCUCGAACUCGCUGCUUGUUCGGAAGAUAUGUGUUUGACAAUGGAUCAAUCAGACAGAUCAUAUCAACUGUUAGGUGGUUAUGCAGCUGGAGAGAGUAUAUACACCUUAGAGACUCUGGUUGAUUUCAACAAUGGCAUGUCUGAAACAAGUGUUAUACUCUUCUCUCCUUCAAGCUCCUCCUCUGAGCCAACUAGAGUCAAACUCCCAACUCUGGCCGCAACCGAUAAGCACCUUAUUGCGUUUACAGGCGGCGAGAGUUUCUAAGAGAAAUGAUCAUUAAGGAUCUUAUUUGCAUUCCACAAAACCAUGAUGCAGAGUGAAUAAUACAGAAACUAGGUGAUCACCCGCACCCUGUGCGGGGCGAACGGAAAAGAAAUUAUAAAUUUUAAUUAUAGAUAUUUAAAACAUAAAAAUGACAUAUUAUAUUUGGUAUAAUUAGGAUAAGUAAUGUUGUCAUACAGAUUAAUGUAAGGAAAACCAACUUGGGAUUAGAGGUUUAUUGAAUUUUUCAAUCAACAAAAAAAUUUAUUGAAGUAUCCGGAUAAUGAUAAUUUUAUUAUGGUUGACAAAUGUAAUUGUCUUAUUAUCGAAUUUAAAUCGUUAUAUUUCAUUAAAAUCAUACUGAUUUUGAAGUACAUAAAAGUUGUAAGAAGAAUAUAAAUAAAUUGAAGUAAAUUUAGUGGAUUUAUUAGGACUCAAAAUUGUAAAAGAGACCCUUUAUCGAACCUUAAUAUCCAUUAUGACUCAAAAUACAUAUGAGUUUCUUUUGAUUUAUUUUUUAUUUAUAAAGAGUGUUUUUACUAAAAAAAUAUUGAU